UGAUUUAAACGGUCGUUUUCUGGGUCUUCAAUUCUAUGUUUUUGUUUUUGUAGUUUUGUUAUGAUGAAAGGAGUAAGAGACGAAGUUUUAUCUUUUUUUCGGGUCAAGACAUGAGAUUUGAGAGUGAGUGAGAGAGAGAGAGGAGAUUAUGACUUUAUGUGAAGGAGGGGAUCCCGUGAUUCCCUUCCCCUUCUGAAUUCUCUCUGCUUUCCUGUCUUUGUGUGCGUGUAGAAUUUUAGAGAGAGAUCCGAUGAUUUUUAUGUCGAGAGAGGAUGAAUUCUCCAUGAAAGUGCUAAUUUGUCCAUGGGGAAGCAAUCACACCUACCCAAAGACCAACUUUGAAGGCCACUUGUCGUGGGUUCGAACGAGGUGAGAGAGAGAGAGAGAGAGACUGUUAUUGAUAGAAGAAGAAGAAGAAGCAGCCUACCCAGUUUCUGGUGUGAGAAUGAGAUGUAUCUGAAGCUCUUAUUGGAUUGAAGGAUUUCAAAAAUUCGUAGAAGUGGAACCAGAGAAGAACCACCAUGAGAACUGGUCUGAGUACAAUCCAGCAAACACUUACCCCGGAAGCGGCCAGCGUUCUGAAUCACUCAAUCACCGAAGCAGCUCGUCGAAAUCACGGCCAAACCACACCACUCCAUGUUGCCGCGACGCUUUUGGCCUCCCCUUCUGGGUACCUUAGACAAGCCUGUAUUCGAUCUCAUCCUAACUCAUCACACCCACUUCAAUGCAGAGCACUCGAGCUUUGCUUCAGUGUCGCCCUCGAGCGACUCCCUUCAGCUCAGAACCUCUAUCCUGGUAUGGAUCCUCCAAUCUCCAAUGCUCUCAUGGCUUCUCUCAAGCGUGCUCAAGCCCAUCAACGCAGAGGCUGCCCGGAGCAGCAACAACAACCCCUUUUAGCCGUAAAGGUCGAGCUCGAGCAGUUCAUUGUGUCGAUCCUUGAUGACCCAAGUGUGAGUCGAGUCAUGCGAGAGGCUAGCUUCUCUAGCCCUGCUGUUAAGGCUACCAUUGAACAGUCUCUGAAUGCUUCAAGCUCCAUUAAUUCAUCCACAGUUGGUGGUGGAUUGGGGUGUCGCCCAGCACAGUUGGGGGAUAGGAAUCUUUAUCUGAAUCCCAGGUUGCAGCAGCAAAAGGAGAGUUCACCUCGAUCUGGGCAGCAGAGAAGCGAAGAGUUGAAGAGGGCUAUUGAUACUCUAUUGAGGGCUAAGAAGAGGAACCCAAUUUUUGUCGGUGAAUCUGAGGUUGAAGAUGUGGUGAGAGAGCUGUUGCAGAGGAUUCAGAGGAGAGAGGUCGGUGAUGGGACUCUCGGGAAUGUUCAAGUGAUCUCUUUGGAAAAGGAUUUUGGUUCUGAUAGAACCCAGAUCCCUAUGAAGCUCAAGGAAUUAGAAGUUGCGGUGGAGACUCGAAUUGGUAGUGGCUGCAGUAACGGUGGUGGUUUAAUUCUUGAUUUGGGUGAUCUGAAUUGGCUUGUGGAGCAGCCGAGUUUUGGAGUUCAGGAUUCUGUGCAGAUACAGCAAAAGAUUGUAUCAGAGACAGGGAGGGUUGCAGUUGCAGAGAUGGCUAAGCUGUUGGCUAGAUUCAGUGAGAGCUGUGGUGGCCGGUUAUGGUUGAUUGGAACGGCUACCUGUGAGACUUAUCUGAGGUGCCAGGUUUAUCAUCCUUCAAUGGAGAAUGACUGGGAUCUGCAGGCUGUUCCAAUUACAGCAAUAAACCCUCAUCCAGGCGUGUUUCCAAGGCUUGGAGGCAAUGGGAUUUUGAGCAGCUCAGUUGAGUGUCUCACCCCACUGAAGAGCUUCCCAACUGCACCACUUGCUAUUCCAAUAUGCUGGUAUGAAAACUUUGAUCCUGCUCAGAGGAUGAGCUGUUGUCCUCUAUGUAUGGCGAAUUAUGAGCAAGAGCUAGCAAAACUUGUAGCAAAGGAGUUCGAGAAAUCCUCCUCUGAUGGAAAAGCAGAAGCAGCUAAGUCACCAUUACCACCGUGGUUACAGAUGGCGAAUACAAAUAUUGUCAAGGAUCAAAUGCAGGCCAAGUAUCAAGAACUGACAUGGAAGUAUAAAACUCAAGAAUUGCAAAAUAAAUGGAAUGAUACUUGCUUGCAUCUUCAUCUAAAUUUCCAUCGAAGUAUCAGCUCUGAUCGAAUCACUCCUUCUGCCCUCUCGAUGACAUCCUUGUGCAAUUCAAAGCUGAUUCCACGACAACCUUUCCUCCCCACUUUAUCACUAACCAGAAAUCUUGGAGGAACAAUGCUAAUGAACCAGAGACAACCAUUGAAUCAACAUUCAGAACGCGUGGUAACUCCGACGGGAAGCCCUCUACAGACAGACCUUGUUCUUGGGUGGCCAAAGAUAUAUGAGAAUUCACCAGAGAUGGACCACAGUGAGCGCAUAAAAGACUUUGAUGGCUGCAUCUCUCCACAAAAUCAAGAGAAUCUCACAGAUUUUCACAAGGAGAAAUCUAUUAGCCCAUUGGAUGCUGAUUCAUUCAAGAGGCUUUUUAAGGGUUUGACAGAGAAGGUUGGGUGGCAGCCGGAGGCAGCAUCUGCAGUGGCUACUACUGUAACUCGGUGCAAAUCAGGCAACAUAAAGCAGCGUCGUACUGGGGCAAUGGGAGGGACAUGGUUAUUUUUUGUGGGUCCAGAUAGGAUUGGCAAGAAGAAGAUGGCAUCAGCUCUGCCGGAGCUGGUAUGGAGUUCCAAUCCAGUCACUAUCCGUUUCGGUUUAUGGUCUAAUGACGAUGAGGAAUCAAAUAAGAAUUUCCGUGGGAUGACAGUGUUGGAUCGAAUAGCAGAAACUGUUAGGAGGAACCCCUUCUCUCUAAUUGUGCUUGAAGACAUUGAUCGAGCAGAUAUGCUUGUCCAUGGGGGCAUCAAACGGGCAAUGGAACGAGGUCGGCUUGCAGAUUCCCAUGGCCGUGAGGUCAGUCUUGGCAACACAAUUUUCAUCUUAACAUCCAGUUGGUUGCCGGAAAAUCUCAAGAACAUGUCAAAUUGUCUUCCAAUUGCUGAGGAGAAGCUUGUGACAGCUGCUGGUAAUGAUUGGCAGUUAAAAUUAUGUGUGUGUAUGAAAACUAGCAAGCGGCGGGUCGAUUGGCUGCAUGAUGAUGGCCGGAUUGCAAAGCCCAGGAAAGAUUCAGGUCCUGGUCUAUCAUUUGAUUUGAAUGAAGCAGCUGAUGCUGAAGAUGAUGGAGGAGAGUGGUCACACAAUUCUAGUGACAUGACAGUUGAGCAUGAACAUGAAAACAACCUUGUGAAUGUGCAGUCUUCCACAACACUGGCUUCACAUGAGCUGUGCUCUUCCCCAACACCAUUUUUCUAUGAGCUACUCAAUUUUUCCGAUGAAACCAUUGCCUUCAAACCCGUUGACUUUGGCCUGAUACGGAGAAAAGCUGCCAGCACCAUUGUCUCACGAUUUGCAGCCAUUGUUGGGGAUAAAUGGUUCAUUGAAGUGGAUACUGAGACACUAGAGAAGAUUGUGGGUGGUGUUUGGUUCAGCCAGACUGAAGUGGAAGAGUGGGCAGAUAAGGUUUUGGCACCAAGCUUUCACCAGCUGAAAGCUAGCUUAUCUUCAGCUGCAAUUUCAAGAGACAAUGCUGUUAUUCGGCUUCUCUGGGUUGGGGACUCAGAGACACGACAUAGUGAGGAUUGGUUGCCUGGUAAGAUCGAAGUGGUUGUAGAAGGGAUAUGAUGAUCAAGGGAUGGAACCGGGAACUCAACAUUUUGUGGGGUAGUAAUGUAAAUUUGGUCAACAGGUAUAGAGAAAAAUUGCAACAUUACGAGGUGGAGUACAGUUAUGAAAUGUUAGGAGGAGUUGCCUUAAUUCUAGAGUUUUACUUUGUUUUGCUUCUACCAUUUAUAAUUAUUCAUAUUAUUUAUGUGGACAAUGAUCAAUAAGAUGAGGUACCACCUCUCCAUUUUUCUUA